UCAAGCACUAAACUUGGAGAAGAUUUUCUACAUGUCCUAAAACUCACUGUGGACAGAGAAAAUUGGAUGACCUAUAAGGAUAGGUUGUCAUGGUCUGUAGAUGCUCGUGGGUUUCUUGGUCACCUUAAAGGGACCGAGAAGAAACCAGUUGAUCCCUUGACGUUGUCAGGAAGAGGAGCAUUAGAGCUCGCAGCCUAUAAGGUCACAUUGAAGGAAUGGCACAUGGGCAAAGCUAUCAUGAAGCAGCAAAUCGAUAGCAUAAUCCCUGAUUCCCUGUUUAUACAAGUUAAGAACUGGGUGACAGCAGGGGAAAUCCACUUGGAGAAGCAUUCUCGAGUUGUGUCUGUCAAGCUA